AUGUGCAGAGGAAGGGACUGGGGCUGUUUGGUACAAUAGGGACGGGCCCGAUUUGGGAAUAAUUAUGGAAUUAUAAAUUUUCUAUACCCCCCCAAAAAAAUCUAAUACAUCUCCGGAACACCUUCAUCUGAGCCUACAAUGAUCCCAUCGGACACAUCGAGCUGAAAGUGUUUCCCGUGUGGCGGGGGAUUGGGGCCAAUAGUGGCGUCGGAGGCGGGUGGAGCCAAGGCUGGGGCCGCUGCUUGCGAUGGGAGCCAGACAGUCCAGGACAAAGGGUCCGGAUCCCGGUAUUUGACUACCCGGUCUGGUUAGUCCUCUGUCGUGGGGGACGAGCCAGGCUCAUUGAGGUUUGUCAGAGAGGGAGAGGUGCCAUCAGACUGCCCACAGACAUGCUCAGCAUCAAGCUUCCCCAGCUCUUUGACAUCCACCAGGUCCCCAAGGUGUUCAGGGAGGAUAGCAUCAUCUCUGGAUACCGACACCCACGGAGCUCAGCGCUGGACUGCGUCCUCAGUAGCUUCCAGAUGAACAAUGAGACGAUCAACAUCUGGACCCACUUCCUGCCAACAUGGUACUUCCUGUGGCGCUUCUGUGUCCUCUGCACCACCCUGAACUUCCUGACCGACAGCUACACCUGGCCCCUGCUGGUGUACAUGCUGCUCAUCUGCAUUUACCCCUUCACCUCCAGCUGUGCACACACUUUCAGCACCAUGUCCCCAGAGUCCCGCCACAUCUGCUACUUCUUUGACUACGGAGCGCUCAGCCUCUACAGUCUGGGUUGUGCCAUAAGCUAUGGAUACUAUGUCAUACCAGACAGCUGGGUGAACAGCUGGCUCCAUCAACAUUUUGUCCCCAUUGCCAUUGGAAACACACUGUUCUGUACCAGUCUGUCCUGCUAUUCCAGAUUCCUGGAGCUGCAGUUCCCACAGAGGAGUAAAGCUCUGAGGACAGGAGCGUUUGUCCUUCCCUUUAUAUUUGACACUGUUCCAUUGUUUUACAGGAUCCUUCUCUGCUGUGGAGGAAGCUGCAGCUCGAGCGAGGCCUUAUCCAGUCACUGUUACCACCUCCUUUUUGCCUUCCUCACCUGUUUCCUGUUUACCGCCCACCUCCCGGAGAGGUUGGCCCCAGGGCGCUUCGACUACUUUGGCCACAGCCACCAGCUCUUCCACGUGAGUGCCGUGGUGGGGACCCACUUCCAGAUGGAGGGCGUGUUAGCAGACAUGACGUCACGGAGGGCGUUGCUCGUGGCCCACGGAGCAACGCCCUCCCUCCUGGGGACCAUCGGGGUGCUGGUCGUCAGCCUCGUCCUCAACCUGGGCAUCAUCGGCAUUUUCAGCGCGCCGCUCCUGGGGAAACCCUGCCACAACUCCAGCCAGCCGCACACAACAACGUGCAAGUGCAAGGAGCAGUGAGGGCGUAUUUUCCACCAACAGCCACAAAAUGGCUGAUUGACUUUCCAAAGGAAAGGUUUGGGCUGUUUGUCUCAGCAGUGUGUGUUUGAGAUGACUAUUAACAGUUCACAGUAGUGCUUGUUUAACACCAAUAGUUUUAUCAUUCAGAGAUAAAGAUACACGUUCAGUGCUGAAGCAUUUUCCUAACAGCGUUUCACACCUGAAGUAUUUGUUUAUGUGUUUACUCAGAAGCUGAGGACCCAGUCGCAUUUAUUGAAGCCUUUUUCAGUGUUUUAUUUAUUUUAAGGUUCCUCGAUGUGCAUGUAAAAAGGCUCUGGGUUGAAGGAAGCACGCGGUUGUAACACAACACAUAAGUGCCUUAUGAUAGACCUUCACUUCAUUUACAAUGUUUACAGUAGAUAACUACAAGGACAAGUUGAAAUCUCAAACUGGAAACAUCUAAUGUCGCAGUUUGCAGGGAUGAUAUUUUGAAUGAAUGAUUCUUCUUUUUGCAUGUACUAGGCCAGAAUCUCUUCUACUUUAUUUAGGCGUUAUUGAAAACAGUCUUUGUAACUGGACUACUUAGUUAGUGUGGUUGUCCUAAGUAUAAGGCAGUCUUCAGCUUAGUCAACCCUCAUUCAACUCUACAUAAUAUAAUGCAGAUUGAAUUGCCAGCUCUUAUAUAUCCACCUAUUGAUUCCACUCUGCACAGACUGGAAUUGAUUUGCAGGCCAGUGUGGUUCUUUUUCUGAUUGCCUCUCUUAUUAUGAACCCCACAAUCUGCCCUCAGCAGAAAAAAAAGAAAAAAAGAAAAGAAAGAAAUGUUAUGGCGCAGCGCCAGUGAUUAACAGACAGGUACCAUUUUUAUAACAGUUCGUUUCCAUGGCAACGAUAUAGUGGCCUCAUGCCCCCCGAAGGUCUUCAACAAUUUUUAUGUUCAGAGCAAAUGGCACCAUUUUCUCUCAUUCUUCCAUCAUGUAUCAUAAGAUCUAUUCUGAACAUUUAUCAUGUAUAAUAGUACAAAUUAAAUAUCAGUGCGUGGGAUUCAACUUUAUAAGCAUUUCCAGUCCUGUCAAAUUUCAUAUCAUCGGUGGAAUUAAGAGGUAUGGAGAUGGAAAAAAGUAUAUUUAGUCAUAGUUCGGGGUCGUAUUAACAUGGGAGUCUUGUGGUGUUUCGAGUAUUUUGGUGCGUGUACACUAUAACCAACCAGUAACACUCCUUAUAUACUGUGCUUCUCUUGUCCCAUGAGACUGUUGCAUACGGUUACAGCUGAAAUAAUUCUGUCUUAUAUAUUUAUAGACUUUUAUUAUAUUUAUUGUUUGUUUUGGGGCAUAAACAGGAAUGGAGAUGAGUGUUUUUCCUCACGAUGAAAAAUUACCCUCUUAUUAAGUCAUUUGUGACAGUUAUUAAUCUCAGGUUUUUUUUUUCCAGACAGUGAAAAAAGGGCAGAGAUUAUAUUAACAGCUUCUCUAAAAUAGUCAAGAGUUUUCCAAAAGUAACUGUUGGUUGGUUGGUUGGUUGGUUGGUUGGUUGGUUGGUUGAUUGAUUGAUUGAUUGAUUGAUUGAUUGAUUGAUUGAUUGAUUGAUUGGAACCAUUUAGAUAGUUAAUCAUUUGCAUCACUUCGCAUUUGCAACAUUUGCUGGUUCCAGCCUCUCAAAUGUGUGUAUUUUUCUGCUUUUUCUGUUUCAUAUCAACUGAAUCUCUUUAGGUUUUGGCAUGCAUAACUCUCUUUCUUUUAUGUUUAAUUUUAUAGAUAAAAAAAUCAAUUAAUUAAAAAGGAAAUUGGCAGAUUAAUUGAUAAUAAAUUUACAGAUGCCAGCAAAAUUCAUGAAAAUGGGUUCAAAUUAUCUCUUACUUUUUUCACUUAAGAAAAUAAAACUUUAAGGGCUUAAUAAUGGACAAAAAUGACUUGAUAACUCUCAUAGCAGCCAUAGCAGUACUAUAAAUAUUGUCUAUAGUUCAGAGACUGGCAAAGCAAAUAUUGUUUAAUAGGUUUUAAUGGGAGACAGGGUGUCACUCUGUAGCACUAACAUACUGUACAUACAGAUCUGUAACAUACAGAUUUCAACAAUGCUCACUUUACUUGACAAACAUGUGGAAGGCUCAUCUGUAUAAAAAAAGUUCUAAAGUAUGCAUGUCACAAGUUUACACUUAAUUCCACCAGUAACACCAGUAGUUCGUAAACACAAUCCACAGGAAACACUCACACAAACGUCUUUUUAGCGUGAGUUUAAUAAGAGGGGAAAAUGUAUGUGAUAUUAUGGGAAUGAGGUGUGUUACAGCUCCAUGAUGGAGGCUGAUGUAGAAAAGUCAGAUGCAGACUGAAUGUGUAGAAUCACAGAGCACACACACACACACACACUUUUAUAUUAUAGCAGGGGAGUUGUUUAAGCGGUUUUCAAGGUUAGCGUGCAGAGUAUAAAAGUCACUUCUCCCUUAAUGCUGCAAAUAAAACAGAGCAGUAUCUGCCCUCAAUGUGGUUUCCACCGACUCUGUUUCUGUUUUAUCUCCACCCCUGCCGAGCGUUGUUCGAUAGUUUUAUUUUCUCUACAGUCAUCAUCUUACAGCGUUCCUCGCUUUGACCCUGUUGAUUCUUGGAAUUGUAUCAUUACUUGCUUCUGAUGUGGUUCCUUGCUAUCGACCCAAACUAGUUUGGAACUCAUUUAUUUCUAAGCUGUUGUUUUGUUUUCUUUUUUUAGUCAUCUCACUCAUUCUCAGCCGUUCGGUGCCUGUACUAUUUUCAGCAGUUUGACAGUUCUAAAGCUCAGAGAUGCUGAGCGUCGAGGCUUCUGCAUCAAAUAGAUCAAUGCUGAUAUCGCCUUUCUGAAUUGCAUUUUUUUUUUUUAAUAUUUUAUUUUGACCGAAUUAUCAAUUCCAAGACCAGAAAUUCACCAGACCAGAUCACUGUUACUUUUGAAGGCUAUUUCUCAUGUAAACUUUGUUGGUUUACUCUUCAGUAGAUAAGCUGAUGCAGGUUGUAAUUAUCAGGAAAACUGGGCACUUUCUUGUUUCUUUUUUUUUUUAAAUUCAGUGUAUUGAAGGAUGUUUGAUAACGUGAAAUAGAGGGCAAAGACGAGUGUGAGAUGAACCAUUUGAAACAAAUUUUCAAUUAAAAACAGGGUUUGAAAGAGUUAUUGGUGCCUUUUUUUAAAAAAAUGUUGGAUACAACCUUUCUUGUGAUAUAAUGUUUGUUUCAACAACAAACUACUUAAAAUGUAUGAAUACUUAUUUGUUCUUUUCUGUGUAUAAUUUGUAAUUUGCUACUUUGUUCUACUAGACGUGUGUAAUAAAUUAAGCCUUUUAUAAAUGGAA